GCAUUUCUAGUCAGUGGGAUGAGUAUGCAACGCCAGCUUGAACAUCAAUUUUAUUUAUAAUUUAAUGUUAAAUAAUUCGUGGACAUUAAUGUUCUGAAUGAAAUUCAGUAUCAACUAAACUUCAGUUCAAAAUACAACCAAGAAACAUAUAAGCUCAGCAUGUUUGUCUUUUCGGCGCUCCUCGUCGCAGCAUUCGGACUGAUUGUGAUCGCACUACACCGCCACUACAGCUAUUGGCAACGUCGUGGGGUACCGCAGGUACGUCCCCGCUAUGUGGUGGGCAAUAUAGAGCGCGCUACCGGCGGUCAAGUGCAGCUGCGACACUUUAACCAGCGGCUUUAUGAAACGUUUAAGCAGCGACGUCCCUUUGUCGGCAUGUACAUCUUCUUUACACGUGCCGCGCUCAUACUCGAUUUGGAUGUGAUUAAGGACAUAUGUAUAAGCAAGUUUUCCAAUUUCCAAGAUCGUGGCGUUUUUUCUAAUCCGCGCGAUGAUCCAUUGACUGGCCACCUCUUUCGUUUGGAAGGAGCACAGUGGCACGCCAUGCGCAAUAAACUCACACCCGUAUUCUCUUCGGGAAAUAUGAAAUUCAUGUUCCCCACCGUGGUGAAAGUGGGUAAUGAAUUGGCACGCGCUUGCCACCAGACAAUCGGAGACAGUCGCCAGCAGUGCGAACUUGAAAUGAAGGAGAUUUGCGCGCGCUACACCACUGAUGUUAUUGGCACUUGUGCUUUCGGUAUUGAAUGCAAUAGUUUGCUCGAUCCACAAGCCGAGUUUAGGCGUCGUGGUCAUGCCGUUUUUACCGAACCACGCCACUCACAACUGGUGCAGACAUUCAUGUUGAUGAAUCCAGAUUGGGCGCGUCGUAUGCGCCUGAAAUUCUUUCCGGAUCACAUCAUACAGUUCUACAUAGAUGUGGUGCGUCAGACAGUGGAGCUACGACAGCGUGAGCAUAUCAAACGCAAUGAUUUCAUGGACUUGUUAAUCGGCUUAAAGGCGGAGGAUGAGCGCUUGGCCUUGAACAGCGAUGGUAUUGAUCUAUCGCAAGGCUUGACACUGCACCAAAUGGUAUCGCAGGCAUUUGUCUUCUUUGUGGCGGGCUUCGAUACAUCGUCAACAACCAUGUCGUUAUGCCUCUAUGAACUCGCGUUGAACGAGACCAUACAGGCGCAGGUGCGUGCUGAAAUCGUGCGCGUACUAAACGAGCACAACAACCAACUUACUUACGAGGCGUUAAACGAAAUGCAGUACCUCGACCAAGCAGUGGAUGAAACACUACGCAAAUACCCUGUCGUACCAUAUCUCGUGCGCAAAGCCAAAGCGGACUAUUUGGUGCCCAAUACGAACGAAGUCAUUGAGAAGGGAUGUCUGGUGGUAUUACCCGCGCACGCCAUUCAACACGACAACGAACUUUACCCCGAACCAGAUAAAUUCAAUCCGGAUCGCUUCAAACCAGAGUUGUGUCGUGAACGUCACGCUGCCGCUUAUAUGCCAUUCGGUAUAGGUCCACGCGCAUGUAUUGGGUUGCGUUUCGGCAAAAUGCAAGCUAAAAUUGGACUCAUUAAUUUACUAAAACACUUCAAAUUUAGCAGAUCCGCGAACACACAAGAGCCACUGCAAUUCAUCGAACGCAUAUUCCAAAUCACCCCAGCCAGUGGCAUACACUUGAGAGUAGAGCCUGUGGGCGGGUUAAAUUUUUUGGAAAGAAAAAUAGAAAUAAACAUAAAAAUGGACACUGCAAUACUCUAUGCACUUGUCGUCGUUGUCGUGGGCGCCAUUUAUUGGAAACUACGUCACCACUACAGCUAUUGGGCACGCCGCGGCGUACCACACGAGCCACCGCAAUACUUCCUCGGAAAUAUGAGUGGCCUCGGUAGCAAGUAUCACUGGAAAGACAUCAAUAUACGCUUCUAUAAUCGAUUCAGAGGUCAAACGCCCAUAUUUGGCGCCUACACAUUCCUCAAGCGCGUCGCCUACAUCAUAGAUUUCGAUCUAAUCAAGCAAAUUUUAGUGAAAGAUUUCAACUAUUUCACCGAUCGUGGCCUCUUUCACAAUGUGCGCGAUGAUCCACUCACCGGCAAUUUGCUGUUCUUGGACGGCGAGCCAUGGCGUGUACUGCGCCACAAGUUAUCACCCGCUUUCACCACCGGCAAGAUACGUUUCAUGUUCCCCACCAUGGUGACAGUGAGUGAGCGCGUUGUUGGCGCAUGCCAGCGUAUUAUGAAUAUAGGCGGCACCGUGGAAAUGAAGGAGCUCUGUGCGCGCUACACCACCGAUGUUAUUGGUGAAGUAGCCUUCGGCAUUGAGUGCAAUAGUUUGAAAGAUCCACAAGCGAUAUUCCGGCGUAUGGGCAGGAAUAUUGUCGAGAAGCCACGUCACUCACUACUCGUGCAGGCCUUCAUGUUCACAGACCCGGAGCGCGCACGUCAGUUGCGCUUAAAGAAUUUUACCGAUGAUGUCACCGAAUUCUUCAUGGGUGUAGUGCGUGAAACCGUGGCCUACAGGGAAAAGAAUGGCGUGAAACGUAACGAUUUCAUGGAUAUGAUGUUGGAGAUGAAGGCGCAACGCGAUCGCCUCAAAGACGGUGACAUCAAAGAGGAUGAUUUGACUAACGGUUUGAACAUCGAGCAGGUUGCAGCGCAAGCGCUGGUCUUCUAUUUGGCUGGCUUUGAAACCUCAUCCACCGUCAUGUCUUUCUGUUUGUAUGAGUUGGCCUUGAAUCCAGAAGUGCAAGAGAAAUUGCGUGAAGAAAUAUUUAGUGUAUUGCAGAAAUCAGAGGACCAAGUAACAUACGAGUCUAUCAAGGAAAUAACUUAUUUGAAGAAAGUCAUAUCAGAAACGCUACGCAAGCAUCCAGUCAUACCGCAUCUAACGCGCUUGACCGUCGCCGAUUACAAGGUGCCGAAUACCAACUGGUUGCUGGAGCGCGGCAUGCGCAUCUUCAUACCCGUCGACGCUAUUCACCAUGACCCCAAAAUCUAUCCCGAUCCCGAGAAAUUCGACCCCGAGCGCUUUACACCGGAAGCCAUUGCGCAGCGCCACCCUUUCGCCUACUUGCCUUUCGGUGACGGCCCGCGCAAUUGCAUUGGCAUGCGUUUCGGCGAAUUGCAGACCGCCAUUGGCGUCAUACAACUACUGCGUCACUUUCGCUUCAAACCAUCAUCGCGCACACUCUCACCUAUGGUUUAUUUGAAAAAGAAUUUUCUCAUAGCCGCUGACGGGGGCAUACACUUGACCGUGGAGAAUCUGGAGAAAAGAAACUAGAAGCUAAAAAGCAUAUAAUUGCGUCAGAAAAUUAGUCAUGCAAAAUAAUGCCACCUUGUUGCUGUAAUUGCGUUCUAUAAACAUACAUAUGCGCAUGUGCAUAUCUAUUAGCCCACGUAAUGUCUCCUUAUAUUGAAAUGCAUUUCUAAGCUGUUCCCCAAUCUUUCUAAUAUGCCUUCACCCGAUUAAACUUCAAAACAUGUAAUUAUCUAUCGUCUAUGUACUCACAAUAAAGCCGCUUUGUAAUUGA